UGAGAGAGUCAGAGAGUCAGCGAAAUAUAUAUAUAUAUAUAUAUAAAGAGAGAGAUGUGGCGGCUUUAAGAAUCAAGAAGAGGUCUUGGUGCGAAGUAGGAAGGGUUGGAAUCCCAAUUCGCUUUUGUUUUUCUUGUGAAAUCGGCAUCUUGGGAGAUUAUACUGUAAGACAUGUCGGCGGGGUUAGGUCUGUCAUCUAGAAGCAGUUCCUUGAGUGAGAACUAUUUCAGGAGUGAAUCUCUCUCUGAGGAGAAAGACCUUGAAAGCGUACCUGAGACAGGGUGCCUCUCUAUUAUUGUUCUCGGUGCAUCAGGAGACCUUGCAAAAAAGAAGACAUUUCCUGCACUCUUCAACCUUUUUCGGCAGGGAUUCUUGAAUCCUGAUGAAGUCCACAUAUUUGGAUAUGCCCGGACAAAGAUGUCUGAUGAUGCUUUGAGAGAGCGUAUCCGUGGAUACCUUACCCCAAACAAAGGAACUUCAUCUGAGCAAUCAGAAACUCUAUCAAAGUUUUUGCAGUUGGUAAAAUAUGUAAGUGGUUCUUAUGAUAGUGAAGAGGGCUUUCGGUUAUUGGAUAAGGAAAUCUCAGAGCAUGAGUUAGCAAAAAACAGUCAACCAGGAACAUCUCGAAGAUUAUUUUAUCUUGCACUACCUCCAUCUGUUUAUCCUUCUGUUUGUAAAAUGAUCAGAAAUUAUUGCAUGAACCAGUCUCAUCUUAGCGGGUGGACCCGUAUUGUUGUUGAGAAACCCUUUGGAAAGGAUCUAAGUUCUGCAGAAGAACUGAGUUCCCAGCUAGGAGAGCUAUUUGAUGAAGAACAACUUUACCGUAUUGAUCACUACUUAGGAAAAGAGCUGGUGCAAAACUUGCUGGUGCUUCGUUUUGCCAAUCGUUUCUUUUUGCCCCUUUGGAAUCGUGAUAACAUUGAUAACAUACAGGUUGUCUUCAGGGAGGAUUUUGGUACAGAAGGCCGUGGUGGAUAUUUUGAUGAAUAUGGAAUCAUUCGGGAUAUCAUUCAGAAUCAUCUAUUGCAGGUUCUUUGUCUAGUUGCGAUGGAGAAGCCUGUUUCUCUCAAGCCUGAGCACAUACGAGAUGAAAAAGUGAAGUUUCUCCAGUCUGUGCUUCCUAUAGCACUGGAAGAUGUUGUCCUUGGACAAUAUGAAGGCUACAGAGAUGACCCAACAGUUCCCGAUGAUUCAAACACCCCUACUUUUGCAACAGUUAUCUUGCGGAUACAUAAUGAAAGAUGGGAAGGCGUCCCUUUUAUACUCAAAGCAGGAAAAGCUUUGAAUUCAAGGAAAGCAGAAAUACGUGUGCAAUUCAAGGAUGUCCCGGGUGAUAUUUAUAGAUGUAAAAAGCAAGGGAGAAAUGAGUUUGUAAUACGCUUGCAGCCUUCAGAGGCCAUGUAUAUGAAAUUAACGGUCAAGAAACCCGGUCUUGAGAUGUCAACCAUACAGAGUGAAUUAGAUUUGUCCUAUAGACAACGUUAUCAAGAUGUCACUAUACCUGAGGCAUAUGAGCGAUUAAUUCUGGACACUAUAAGGGGAGACCAACAACAUUUUGUCCGCAGAGAUGAACUCAAGGCGGCAUGGGAGAUAUUUACUCCUUUGCUUCACAAAAUAGAUGCCGGAGAACCAAAGUCCAUACCUUACAAACCGGGCAGCCGAGGCCCAGCAGAGGCAGACGAGCUGCUAGCGAAAGCGGGCUAUGUGCAAACACACGGCUACGUAUGGAUACCCCCAUCCUUAUAAUCAUCAGUCUUCGAAGUAUUGACCAUAAUUAAUCAGUCAGGUGUUCCGCAUAUCAAUUGAAUCGAAUAAAUCACUUAUGAUUACAAAGAGUUAAACCAAUAAGACUUCGAUGCUGUAUGUGAAAACGCAUUGCUGUUGUAAUAGUAUACUUGUUUGCAAUCAAUAAAUCUAUGCUUGUUUUCAUGAUCAA